AUGAAGGCUGGGGUCCGACAGACGGCGAGAAUGUCGGGUAAAGAUGCGAUGCCGACGCCGAAAACGUUGAAGGCGUGCGCGAGCGCGCUGGCGGAUGAACGCGCGUCCACGUUGGUGGCGUUGGACGCGAGCGCGGCGUGCGAAAAGGCGCUCAAGGCGACUCGCGGCGACGACGCCACGUACCUUCAAGACGCUGGAGAAUUGAGAGAUAUGCUGGAGACCGUGAAGCGCGCGCUGGACGGGGCAAAUUUUCGGUUAUUCUUGUUCCAAGUUGUUUUUAGUUUGGUCGUCGCGUGCGCGUUGGCUCUCGCGUCGCAGCCCGCCGUGCGCGAAAGCUUUCGGAAUUUAUUAAACUCGAGCGAUCGCAGGCAAAUCGAAGCGAACGCGCGACAGAGCGCGCCUUCGCGCGCACCGCGCGUCGUGGUGACGCCGGCGAGCCCGACUCGGCUUUCGCGCGUGGAGAGCAAGACGCGCAUCGAAUAG